AUGGCAUCGCCCAACCGCCCCUCCCCUGUCCCCUCCCCGCACACGGCGCCGCCUGCCCGCACGCCUGCCGCAGCGCUGGCGCCGCUCUACGAGCAUGUCUGCAGCGAGCUGGGCCUCCCAAAGGAUGAGGCCAAGCUCGCCGAGAUGCGCAGCGCCAACACGCAGCGGCUGGCCGAGCUGGAGGCCAAGUUGAAGGACGCAGAGGAGAACCUGGGGGAGACGGAGGUGCGGGACGCGCUGCAUGCGCGGGCAGAGUACCUGGGCAGCAUCGGCGACCGUGAAGGAGCGACAAAGGCGUACACUGAGACGGAGGAGAAGACGGCGAGCGGCGGCGCCAAGGCGGACAUUGUGUUCAGCCAGAUCAGGCUGCAAAUCCUCUAUGAGGAUUGGCAUGCCGUCAAGCGGCUGCUGGCUAAGGCCAAGGGCAUAUGUGAUGCGGGAGGGGACUGGGAGCACAAGAACAAGCUGAAGGUCUAUGAGGCGGUGUUCAGCAUGUACACGCGUGACUUCAAGCGCGCAGCGUCCCUGUUCCUAGACUCCAUCGCCACAUUCACAACGUCGGAGCUGUUUGACUACACGCGCUGCAUCACGUACGCGGUGCUGACGGCGGUGGUGGCCCUGGACCGGCCGGAGCUCAAGGAGCGCGUGGUGGACAGCCCCGAGGUGCUGGCGGUGGUGGGGGCGGUGCCGCACCUGGCGCCCUUCCUGCAGUCCCUGUACGAGUGCAAGUACGCGGAUUUUUACAGGGCGUUUGCGGGGCUGAUGGACCUGGUGCGGCGCGACAUGUACCUGGCCCCCCACCUGCGCUGGUACAUGCGUGAGGCGCGGCUGGUGGGCUACCAGCAGUUCCUGGAGUCCUACAAGAGCGUCACGCUCGAUUCCAUGGCGGCCGCGUUCGACGUGUCGCCGGCGUUCUUGGACCAGGAGCUGGCAGACUUCAUUGUCGCAGGCCGCCUGGGUGCCAAGAUCGACAAGGUCUCUGGGGUGGUGGAGUCUAAGCGCCCCGACGCCCGCAACGCGCGGUACCAGGACGUCGUGCGCAAGGGCGACCUGCUGCUGAACCGCAUCCAGAAGCUCAGCCGCAUCAUUGACAUCGAGUGA